AUGGAGUGGACAAAGCAGACAUACAACCAGCAGUACGAGAAAUGGGUCCCCUGGCUCGAGGACGUCUACCUGCGAUGGUUCACCAAGGACAACAAGGCUAGCUAUACCACCAAGGACACCUUGGACAAGAGCAAGGUGACCGGCAUCGAACAGGUCGAUACCCUCCAAGACGGCGUUCACAACCUCGCCGCCAGCCAGGUCGGCCAGGGCGGUCUUCUGCAACCUGUUGGAGACCUCGCGUCGAAGGAGGGCAUCAACCGUGCCGAGCGCCAGGGCAAGGACGACGAGGGCGGUUACGUCCCUACCGCUGUUCCUGGCUCUGGUGCCGUCAACACCACCGUCGGUGGCGUUGCUGAUGGCGGCAAGGCCGUUGCCGGCAAGACCACCGAGGGCGUCAAGGGUGCCGGCAACUAUGUUGGUGGUCUCUUUGGUGGUGGUAAGAAGGAGGAGCAGAAGUGA